UGCUUUUACAAAUGCUGCUGGAAAUUACCUAAAGGCAAAAGGCUCACCCAACAUUUGGAGUUCGCUUUUUUGGUCACUGGGCUUCUAGGCUUAAUAUUAGCAACAUGGUGGCUUCCGGGAGCUUUUUUGCAAAAAGCUUUUCUCUUCUACCCACACAGUCUUAUUUGAGUCCCUUAGUCAGUCCGUAAGCAUGUUUGGAACAGUCCCCAGUGCUCUGCAAGGGCUCAUAUUGCAGAACAGUCACGUAUGGGCAUUUGUAGUUAUAAAUACUUGACCAGUCUCCAGGGGUGGGGCUUCCAACCCUUUAAACAACCCCGUGGCCUGUUAUCAAGCUGUUUGCUCGAAGUGCCGGAAUUGGUUGUGGGAGGCCCUCUGUAGCUGAGAAGUAAGUAAAAUGGAACAUAAUGGGUCUGCUUCAAAUGCCGAUAAGAUCCACCAGAACCGCCUGUCGGGUAUGGCCGAAGAUGAAGACCAAGACGCUGCCCUGACCAUCGUGACGGUGCUGGACAAAGUUGCCACCAUCGUGGACAGAGUGCAGGCGAGCCAGAAGAGAAUAGAAGAGAGGCACCGGGUGAUGGAAAACUCCAUCAAGUCCGUCCAGAUCGACCUGCUGAAGCUUUCGCAGUCACACAGCAACACAGGCUAUGUCAUUAACAAGUUGUUUGAGAAAACCCGGAAAGUCAGUGCUCACAUUAAGGACGUGAAGGCCCGGGUAGAGAAGCAGCAGGUUCACGUGACGAAAGUGGAAACGAAGCAAGAGGAGAUAAUGAAGAAAAACAAGUUCCGGGUGGUGAUCUUCCAGGAGGAUAUUCGGUGUCCAACAUCCCUGUCUAUUGUUAAAGACAAAAACAUAACUGAGAAUCAAGAGGAGGACGAUGAAGAUGUCUUUGAUCCCCCAAUAGAUCUGUCUUCAGACGAAGAAUAUUACGUUGAAGAAAGCAGAUCCACGAGGCUUAGAAAGUCAGGCAAGGAGCGCAUUGAUAAUAUCAAAAAGGCAUUUUCCAAAGAAAACAUGCAGAAGACACGGCAGAAUUUUGACAAGAAAGUCAACAGAAUGAGAACUAGAAUAGUGACCCCGGAGAGGAGAGAGAGGCUGAGGCAGUCAGGAGAGAGGUUGAGGCAGUCAGGAGAGAGGCUGAAGCAGUCAGGGGAAAGAUUUAAGCAAUCUAUUUCUAACGCAGCUCCAUCGAAGGACACUUUUAAGAUGCGUGGCCUUCGGAAAGCUAAAGGAGGAACGGUGGCCAAAGCCCCAGAAGAGGUCAGGGAGAUGGGCGUGGACAUCAUUGCCGGGAGCCAGUCUCUGGGCCCCAUCAGUGAGCUCUACGGCAAUGAGCUCAGUGAAACAGACCAUGAGGAGGCCGGGGUGGUGCAUCCUCCCAGCGAAGGGGAGGAAAUCCCAACUCCUGAGCCUUUAAGAGUUACUUUUAAACCCCAGGUGAGAGUAGAUGACGAAUCUCUUUUGGUAGAUUUAAAGCAGUCUUCCUAGGGAGGAAUUAAGUAUAUUUUCAGUGUAAAUCACCUUAAUCAUGCAGUUCCAGUUUAAGUAGUAUAGUCACUUAACCUUCAUAGGCCAUUUAGGAAACAAUAAAUGGUAUGAUUUUUAUUUCUUAUGUUUAAACUCAUAAAGGUAAUACCAAUAUUAUGUAAACUUCCUAGUAACUUCCUUGGGGCUUCGUUCUUUCUCCCCCGGGCUUAUAAGAUUCUAGCAGCAUCCUCUCAUGUAUCCUCAUGGCAGCUGUGGAUUCUUAAAAGUUCCUUUCUCUUGCACACCAGAAAAAUAGUUUCCUAGAGAGGGCCAGUUAGGUGUUUAGUAGUUGAAGACAAGUGAAGGGCAGAUCUGUGGCCAUGAUUUGCAAGGAAACUCUCAAUUUUGGUUGAGAUUUAAGGGGAUGGCCGACCUCGAAGGGGAUUAUAUCGUCCAUAUGUUCAAAUCAACAGAUUGGUUAGUAAAUUAGCAAUCACAUGUCUUUUUUAUGCUUUUGCACGAAGAAUGGAAGUUCUGGAUUGAGCAUUUGGUUCUGGGUCACAGCCGUUCUUACAGUGAGCGCUUGACACGUCGCCUGCUCAUAAGCUCAUCAGUAAAUUGGAAUGGGUAGGCCUGUCCUGCCCAUCUCAGAGCACUGUUGUGAAGAUCCAAGGAAACACUGCAUUCUGGGGGAACAAGAAACACAUCCAGAGGAAACGAGCCCUACUGAUUUCUCAAACACGGAAUCAGACUAAUUACACCUGAAAAAGUCCUGCAAGCCACGUGGUGAGGACGUAGGUUGGACAGACACUCAAGUUGGUCUUCAAGUCUUUCCACAGAAUCAGGAAUGAAAAAUGUUUAUGUGACAUCUUUUUUUUAAAUCAAAGAUUAAAAGGAAACCUUGGUUUGAGUUGGAUCUUAAGUUUUCUUGAAAAGUCUUUUUCUAAUUUUCUUUUUAUUUAGAUGUGUGGUGGACUAUAGCAACAUUUGUUUGAGGAGGGUGCUGCGUGAGACUGUGGCUGUGUACAAAGUCAGCCCUGGUAAGGUGGGGUUUGGAAUCAACCUCAGAUAUUUCUGCUUUACAGAGUGAAGCCCUCAGGGUAUGUCUGUCCAAAACAAUAUUCAUAGGGGUUCAUUAUAGCUUCUCUGGGAGGAAGCCAGAUUCCACUCUUAGCCUUAGGCCUAGCCAAUCCCGAAGUAGACAUUAUUGCUAAAGAAAGAUAGACAUGGUCAUACUGGUUCUGCCCUUCUGGUAAUAUUUAAAUAUCUGGUUUUGUAAUAGGGAGGAGAUGAUGGAAUUGUUGAAUUUGAAGUUUGGAUAACAAUCAGCUUUCAGGUCAGUUUUGGAUGCUCAUGUAGUAAUUGUAAUCAAUGUACACACAUCAUAGACAAACACAGAAUAAAUCAACUUUAAGAUAUUUGACUCAGUUACCCCAGAUAUUUGGGUUUGGGAGUUUGAUUCAGCAUCAUUUCUUCUUCAACCUGCAUGAACACAUAAAAUCAUACAUUGUUCAUCUUUUUAUAUUGAAAACUAAAGUGUAUACAACGUUGAACACUACAAUGGGUAAUUUUAAAAAUGUUACUUAAAGAGAGCUUGGAUGCCUAAUCACAUAUUUCCUUAAAGCCAUAAUAAAUUUGAAUUUUAAAA